CCACAUGCCUCACUCUUUUUUAGUCUCUCACUUUUGUUCACUUUGAAAGUAUUUUUCUUCCUCCAUUCACCAUUUUCCAUUGCUAUCUGUGUUGUGUCUUAUUACCGACAGUCCUUUUUUCCCACUGUUUAGUUUCUUUCAUAGAGAAGGUAAAAGCAGAAGAAAAAAUCAGUUUUGGAAGACUGAUUGUAGAUAGAAUUGAUGAAGGAAGGUGGUGGCAGAAAGCAGGGUGCAGCUUCACCCUGUGCUGCAUGCAAGCUUCUCAGAAGAAGGUGUGCUCAAGAUUGUGUUUUUGCUCCAUAUUUUCCAGCAGAUGAACCUCAAAAGUUUGCUAAUGUGCAUAAGGUCUUUGGUGCUAGCAAUGUCAACAAAAUGCUUCAGGACCUACCGAUGCAUCAAAGAGGGGAUGCAGUGAGUAGCAUGGUGUACGAGGCUAAUGCCAGAGUCCGAGACCCAGUUUACGGGUGUGUUGGGGCCAUCUCUUCUCUUCAGCAACAGAUCGAUGUGCUACAGACCCAAUUGGCCCUGGCCCAGGCUGAGGUGGCCCACCUCAGGGUCAGGCAAAAUAGGUGUUUUUCCAAUCAUGGGCCUAGACCUACUAGCCCAACCAAUACAUUGGACUCACAUGUCAAGCCUAUUUUCGACAUGGACAUGGUGGUGGACCAGGCCAGCUAUGGGAGUUCAAUGUGGUCAUGACUUAUACUUUAUGAUAAUACUAAUUAUUAUUAUUAUUAUUAUUAUUAUUAUUAUUAUUAUUAUUAUUAUUAUUAUUAUUAUUAUUAUUAUUAUUAUUAUUAUUAUUAUAGUAUAGUUAGUAAGUACCUAUUUAGUAGAGCAUAGGAAAAAAAAAUAUUGGCCUACACAUUCACUUGGUGGGUGUCGGAGUGGUGGUGCCGGUGGUGGCCGGCGACCGUGGUGAUGGAGGAGCUGUGGUGGAGGCCGUUCGCCCGCUUAAUUGAUUUUGGUUUAUGGGAAGGAUUUGUCAUUGAAGGUAAGGUGUAAAUAUUAUUAUUACUUUGUUUGAAGAAGAGAAGUUUAUGAAGUGAGUGUAUUUUGGACCCAA